AUGCCUACCGAAGAAACUUCGCUUAAGCUCGAGUAUAGGUCGAAAGCUGACCGAAACAUGUGUUAUGUGGGAAAGCGUAAUCUGGAGGAGGCUAUAAAGUCUUUCAAGGAUGUAAAUUUUGAGGUAAAUUGGAAGCCUUUCUUCCUCAACCCUAACACUCCUGAAGAUGGCAUCCCUCUGCUAGAUUACCUUAGUAAGAAGUAUGGGCCUUCAGCAGCACAAGGAGCUCUCUCACAUUCUGGUCCCCUCUCACAGGCUGGAGCUGCUUUUGGAAUUACUUUUAACCCCCAACGAAUGAUAACAAACACCUUAAAAUCACAUUGCCUAGUGGAUUAUGCUCAAUCGGUCGGCAAACAAGAUGCUGUCAUAGAAACAAUCUUCAAGAGAUACUUCGAAAAAGGUGAUGACAUCAACAAARCUGAUAUCCUUAUGGACAUUGCCACAGAAACAGGCCUUGAUUCUUCUUCAGCUAUGAAACACAUGGAAAACCCCGAUGUCAUCUCAAAGAUAAAGCAAGAAGUUGAUGGUGCCUAUCAGCAAGGAGUACACGGAGUCCCAUACUUUGUUUUGUCUUUAAAAGGUGAAGGUUCUGCAAGGCAACCUGGAUUCUCCGGAGCACAACCACCAGCAACAUUUAGAAGUGUUAUUAAUCGUCUCUUGAUGCAGGCUAAAGUCUAGUGCAAAAGUAUGUUUGYGAAUAUAAUUAUAUUUGGUUUUCUUCUGGAAAUGAGACAAUGAUAUUAUUGGAUGAGUUUGAACCUGAUAUAUAGAGGUUAUCAGUUGGCUUGAUGUAUUGCAUCUGAUACAAGUGUGUAUUUCUACGAGUUACAGAGUAUUUUGGAGAGCCUGUAGGUGAUGAGUAAUGAGUAAGAAUGCACAGCCUUAUCAUAUGCUUAUAGCCAACUGAUAAGUUGUUUAUCAUUUAAUUCUGCAAUCAUAUCCGAACACUAGCAGAUGAAAAGUGCUGAUACAGUCUAAUAUCGGGCCUGGUCUUUUUCCAUAUCAUGCACGUUCUUUGCAGAAGUAAAUGAUAUUGUCAAACUCAUGAAUAAUUAAUGAGGAAAACACAACAGAAAUCACGACUGUGAAGAGUGUUGUAAAUCUGAUACAAAAUUGUGUUCAUUUGCAUAAACUUAAAGUUGGAUUUUCUUGGCCAAAUUCACUUUAAUGUUGAAAAUUUUAGUGAAACACAAAGGAACUAAUUUAGACGUUUGACAAGCAAUCUACAGUAUUCGUGUCCAUGUUGUAUCUGAUACAUAUGUUAUAUCUGAUACAACACGACCACUCAUACUGUAUUUAUUACAUGUAAAUUAUCAAGACUAUGUUGAGGCAGAUGAAAUGGCAGAGGUCUUGAUAGUUUAGGAUAUAAUACAAAAACCAAAUAUUCAAUACUACUCCAACAAAGGACUAGCGUCCGAAACGUCAGUAAGUUUUUUCAUCUUUUCACGGUGUAUAAUUUACCUUUUUAUCAUUACUGUUUCAUUAGAAACACCGACGCAGCUCACACUAGUUUUUAGCUAGUUAUCUCUUCUCAAUUCUAGAUGAGUGCACUAUACUACUGUAGUUGCUAAUAAUGCCAUAUUUUGAUUCCAGUAUGCAAUCAUGCUGCAUGUUAUUUCUUUAUUGAUCACCAAAAAAUAUAAGCACAGCAAUUUAAAUUGAACAGAACAACAAGAAGCACAUUUUGAAACAUAACUAAUACAGUUAACAAAUCCAGCCAGUACCAUAUAGAUAGUUAGAAUUUUUCUUUCAAAGAUAUUUUCUUUUGUUUGCUGGUUAUGAUGACUUUGACACAAAAGAAAAAGUUUCAAAGUUUGAGGAUUUUAAGGCAGCAUUAGAAAAGUUUAAGAUGGAAAAAUAUAUUUAAAUGUGAACUAUAUUCCAAUAUCAGAAUAAAAUGAAUUUUGUUUGGGCAAGACA